GACCAAAGGGAGAAAGUGCGUCAGUUCAACCGUGGCACUGAAAAGGAGGUGCAGACAUUUAGAAAGAAAAGAACAGGAGAAGAGAGGAGAACAUGAAGGCAGCACGACGGUGAACGAAACGAAGACGAAAAGGAAAAGCUGACUGAACUCACUAAAAGGUCUGAAGGUUUUUUAAACAACCGGGCUUGAAAACCUAUCUAGUUUUUCACCAGAAAUAACCAAAACAAUGGGAGUACUACUGGCUUCACUGCUGCUCCUGGGAGCCAGUCUGCCAUGUUUCUCUGUUUACAACAGUGGCGAAUGCUUCUUCAACACUAAAGCAAGUUGUGAACACAUGGGUCAAGUGUAUGGGAUUGGGGAGAGCUGGAUAACCAGUGACUGCUACCAGUGUGUCUGCAUGGAGCCUUUUGGAGUAGGAUGCUGUGACCUUGCAACUAAGCCCAUUGACUACCCAGAAUGGUGUGAGAUCAUUCGUAAACCGGAUUCUUGCACCAGUGUUGCUGUGAUGAGAGUGAAUCACAAAUUACCCUGCCUGUGGGGACAGGGUCGUCUGAGAACAGCUGGCCAGCCUUGGAAAUCCGACAAUGAUCCUUUAUUCUAAGUUCUGCUAAUGAGACAAAAUAAAAAAUGUGAUGCAUGCUUGGAUAUGUCAAAAAAGAAAGGAAUCAUGUAGAAAUUUGAUUUUCAUAUUUAAUAUUGUGAGCAAUAUUUUGUUGUGCAUCUGUUGAUUACAGUAGAAGAGUUUUUUUUAUUAGUUUUUUUAAAAUAGUAUUUAAAAUUAAAGUCAUUAAUAAAACUAAAUGCUAAUACACUAGAUAUGUGUGUUAUGUUUAUAGCCCUGUGGCUUAGAAUUAGACCUCAUUAUUUAAAAUUUAUAAUGGUGUAUUUUUUAUUGUUUAGUGUUUGACUAAGCAACAAUAAAAGACAACGUUGCAUAUUUGUACUUUAUUUUAA